UCUACCUCUCGCUCGCGUCGAAUGGCGGAGGAGGGUUUUAGAGAAGUGUAACCUCUCGGUCACUCUCAUGGCUGUAACGCUUUUCUCUUUUCUUAUUCGCCGGAAUUUCUCCCUGAGGAACCCUUCUACUAUCCAUUUGUGGACUCUCUCUCUAAUAAGAAAAACUCGAACUUCCUGUUUCAGUCAUGGCCGCAGCAUCGAAUCCUUCUCAACUUCUCAGUCGUCUUCUCUUCUACAAUCCGAGACGGAACUCCCAAAAGAUCCUGACCCUAAAACGAGCCUUUCGGCUCGAAUGAGCUUCGUAUUCGAUCAAAUCGACGCCAUUGAGAAAGAGAGAAGUGGCAAAGACGAGGCAUUGCAGAGGAUUCGCGCUUGGAGAGAAACGAAGAAAAAGAAGAACGAAGAGGAGGGGGCUUACCGGCUCGAUGUUUCAGCAGCUGCUGAUUCGAAUUUGAAUUCGGAGACGGAUGCAGCAGUGAAGAAGGAAGAUAAUUUGUUCAAGAAAGAAGUUGAACUUGUUCAUCCUUGGCCAGAAUGGAUCGAAUUGAUGGAACGGAUGGUCCAGCAGAACUACUUUGAUCAUCGGAGGAAGGAUGAGGAUGGACUCCUUCAGGGUCUUUCCAUUGAUCCAUCUGAUUUUGCGGAGGAAGGUUGUGAUUUUACUAGGGACUGGACCACCGUCCGCACUGCUUGCCUCAACUUUGGUCGCGACCGUUUUGACAUCUUGAGGUCACUGUCAAGGAAGGACAUUCAAAUUCUUGUUGGUUAUGGAUGCCCUAGUACAGACACCAAAGUGGUUUUUUCUGGAAAGCUACUGAGGAAGCACGUUCAUCUUGAUGAAGGAGAUGUCUGUAGCUCCUGCAGUCUAAGAAGCUCUUGCGACAAAGCAUAUCUGCUAGCACGUAAAGAAGAUGAGGCACGGACUCUUGAUGUCAUGCGUAUCUUAUUGACCUUUGGCUUUGAUCCCGUGAAGGGGACAGUUGAGAAUAAAUCUCUGCUAAAAUUGAAAUCUGUGAAAACAGUGGUCCGUAAGCUGCUUCACGAGGUUGUCAAGUUGAGUGCGGUUCCAAUAGAUCCAAAUCUUCCACCACCUGUAACAAAGAAACCCCCUCUAAAAGUGAAGCAACCGCCACCCCCUCCAAAGAAACGAGUAGGCCGUGAUGACAUUGAGAUGAAAAAAGGGGACUGGCUCUGUCCCAAGUGCGACUUCAUGAAUUUCGCAAAGAACACCGUAUGCUUGCAAUGUGAUGCCAAGCGCCCAAAGAGGCAGCUGCUUCCUGGAGAGUGGGAGUGUCCUGGGUGUAACUUCUUGAAUUAUAGACGAAAUAUGGCGUGCUUUCAUUGUGAGCACAAGCGUCCACCUGAUGAAUUUACAGACAACCAAAUGCAGGCAAGGCCUACUGGUCAGAGGAGAGGAUUGGAGAGGGUUGGUCGUAUGCCUGGGACUUCUAGUGACUGGAACUUUGAUUUCGAUGACAAUGAAUCAGAUGGUGCCGAUGUUGCUGCUUUUGAGUUUGCAGAUCCCCCCAGAAUGAAUGAAGAUUCUUCACAUGGUCGGGCUCAAGGAGGAAAUUUGAGUGAGUUUGAGGACGAUUCGUUCGAAACCGGCAAAAUCCUAAAAGCCCAUGAGAGAGGCAGAUACUCUGAACCUCCCCAGACAAAGGCGGGGAGGGGAUUUGAUGACUUUGAUGAUGAAGAGGAUGAUGAUGUGGAUUCUUAUGAGCUGGACACACCUGAUAACAAUUCAAUACUGGAAAGUUCUUCAAAGGAUUUUUCAGAGGUUGAAGGAUACUCAGAAUCUGAAGGUUUUGAUGGUUCCAAUCAUUCCCAUGCUCGUCCUGGGAACAAUUCAUCUAGAUACAGUAAGCCAGCAAGGCCAAUGCGAGGAAGAGCAGCUUUCACCAACACUGAGGAUACUGAGCAAGAUUCAGACGAAGAACCUUCUGUUCAUCCCAACUGGAAAUCAAGUCAUGUUAUGGACUCUAGACAUAUAAAUAGAGGUAGAGGGGGAAAUGGUCCAUACAGGGGAAAAACUUUUGGCUCAGAUGAUGAACUAAACCUUGAUUCUGAUUCUGAUGAUAAUGCAGAUCGCAGUUUCAAAUCCAAUAGUAGUAAAAGGAACAAAUGGGAUCUUAGGAGAACAGGAAGUUAUGGUUCUGAAGAUGAAUUUGGUCCAGAAUCUGAUGGUGAUCUACAUUCUUCUAAAAAUAAGAUGGCAGGAAAUAGAGGUGGUCCUAAUAGAAGAGGAUCCAGGGGAUAUGACCAUUUUGAUUCGGCAGGUGAUACACGGUUCAGAUCCAAUGCUAAUAGAAGAGGAAAUGCCAAUCUUGACAGUUCUUUUCGAGAUUCUUAUGGGAAUGACCGAAGGUCUCAAGGUGGUGAUUAUGGUGGUCAAAGAGUGAAAGAUAGAGGUGGUAAUUUGAGCAGGGGAUAUGGCCAUUUUGAUUCAGCAGGUGAUACACGGUUCAGAUCCAAUACUAAUAGAAGAGGAAAUGCCAAUCUUGACAGUUCUUUUCGAGAUUCUUAUGGAAAUGACAGAAGAUCUCAAGGUGGUGAUUAUGGUGGUCAAAGAGUGAAAGACAGAGGUGGUAAUUUGAGGAAUUUUGGUAGGCAGGCAAAAAGAUGGUGAUUUGGAUACUAGUGGCAACAUGAACGAUCAAAUAAUUUGAUAAUCAAUCACAUCCAGUCAGCGGUAUUGGUGAUGAUAGACCAUGGAUGCAUUAUUGAAAGAUGAAAUUGUGACUAGUCACGACUUCUACCUGUAUUUAUGGGGUUGUUUUUCUAAUAUGAGUUGGCCAAUGCAGUGAUUUACUAAUAGCAUGGUAAUCUGAAGGAAGUCAAAAUGACUAGUGCUGGGUG